AUGUCCAACGACGUGCCCGACGUCAUCGCGGUCAACUCGCUGGUCGCGCACAUCCUCGGCGCCGGCCCCUCCGCCUUUGGCCUGGACGCGCUCCCCUGCCCUGUCGAACUCACGCUGCGUAUCGAGCUCGACCCCUCCGUCGUCCCCAAUGACGCAGACAGCAUGCCCGGGCUCGGCGUCAACUAUUCCUCGGUCUCGAAGGCUGUCUACGCCGCCAUCAGCGGGAAGAGCUUCGCCAACCCCGCCGCGAUCAUGAGUACGGCGGCGCGCGUGCCGCUGGCCUUGGAGGCUGUCAAGGCGGUCGAGGUCCGGGCUGUCCUGCCGCGAGCUCUGCUUCAUGGGACCUGCGCGUACGAGAGGAGAUACGAGAGACUCGAAGAGGCAAGGAGCACUGAGGGAGAGCUGAGGGGACGGGUGGAGAACAUGGGCGUUAGCACCAUCAUUGGGCUCCACCCGCACGAGCGGGCUGAGAAGCAGCGCCUCGAGGUGGACAUUGCCGUAUCCGACGUCCCGGAAGGAUGGGGACACAAGGCUUUCGCCGAUAAUGCCUACAAGGUGAGUCUCCCUGACCCUACCGCUACUGACGGCAGUUCUUGGAAGCAAUCUCGAGUCGGCGUGACGUUCCGCAAGCCUUCGGCGCUCCCGUUCGCGACGCCGAGUAUUUCUGUCUCUCGCUCGAGGGCCGACUACGCACAGAGGGGAGGGGUGCGGAACAUGUCCACUGCGGCCAUCACGCAGGGCCUAGCCGGCGGGGCUGCUGAAGCCUCCUCCUCUUCCGCUCCCUCGAGCUCUACAGCCACAAAGCGCCGCGGGCCCUUUGGCGCCUCUGUCCCGGGUGAGCGUAUCUUCCUAGCUAUAGGAAGCAACAUGGGCGACAAAGUGGGGCAUGUCCGGCGCGCGGUGAGGGAACUGGCGUCCCGCGGCGUCAAGACCGUGGACACGUCGCGGCUCUACGAGUCCGACCCCAUGUACGUGACGGACCAAGAGGUGUUCCUGAACGGUGCGCUUGAGGUGCGCACGGCGUUAGAGCCGCUCGAGCUCCUGCGGGUGCUGAAGGAGGUCGAGGCCGAGGUGGGGCGGACGAAGACGUUCCGCAACGGCCCGCGCGUGCUCGACGUCGACCUGGUCGCAUACGGCAGCCAGGUCGUCUCCAUCGGCGAAGAGGGUGUCGAUGGCUGGCUGCGAGUCCCGCACGCCAGUGUGGCUGAGCGUGAGUUCGUCCUCCGCCCUCUGGCAGACAUGGACCCAGACUUCACUCUCGCGGGCGUGGGGACGGUGCGGGACCUGCUGUCGCGCGUCGAGCCCGGCGGCCUCGUCCCCAUCAUCCCCUUCCCGUCCCCCUCGCGGCCGAUGCGGCUGCACCGUCCCGCGACCCCAGCGAUCAUGGCAAUCUACAACGCGACCCCGGACAGCUUCAGCGACGGCGACGCGCGGCGCACCGACGCCUCCCACGCCCUCCGCGACUGCGAGGCGCUCAUGGCCCUCCCGACCCCCCCGGCCAUCAUCGACGUAGGCGGCAUGAGCACGCGCCCCGGCUCCCAGCCCUGCUCGCUCGACGAGGAGCUGGCCCGCGUCGUGCCCCUCGUGCAGGCGCUGCGCAUCUCGGACGGCGCCCUGGCCUCCGUCCCAAUCAGCGUGGACACGUACCGGCCCGAAGUUGCCGCUGCGGCCGUAGAGGCAGGCGCAAGCUGCAUCAACGACGUGCGCGGGGGCACAGAGCAGGGCAUGCUCGCGGCCAUGGCGGCGGCCUCGGUCCCGGUCAUCCUGAUGCACAGCCGGGGCGACAGCACCUCGAUGCUGACCAAGGAGGCACACGACUAUGACUCCUACGGCGGCGUCCUGCCCGGCCUCCACGCCGAGCUCGGGGCGAUGGUGCACCAUGCGCUCCGCGCCGGCGUGAAGCGGUGGGACAUUGCGCUGGACCCAGGGCUGGGCUUUGCAAAGAGUGACGCGGACCAGCUCAGCAUGCUGAAACACCUUGGGCGGAUUUGCGAGGGCGAGCUGGAGGGGUAUCCCCUCCUUGUUGGGGGAAGUCGGAAGGGGCUUGUUGGCAGGAUAACCGGACGGAAGGAGGCAAGGGAACGCGACUGGGGAGACGCCGCUGUCAACACUGUGUGCACCAUGAGUGGGGUCGUGGACAUUCUGCGCGUGCAUGAUGCCAGAGGCGCGGCGGAGAGUGUCGCCAUGGCUAGGGCUAUUAGGGACGCCAAGUAG